CCAGGCCAACCCCCAAUGCCUGGCCAACAUCCAAUGCAUAGCCAACCGCCUAUGCCUGGCCAACCACCAAUGCCUGGUCAACUGCCAAUGCCUGGCCAACCACCAAUGCCUGGCCAACCGCCAAUGCCUGGCCAACACCAUAUGCCUGGACAGCCGCCAAUGCCUGGCCAACCUCCAAUGCCUGGUCAACACCAGAUGCCUGGACAACCUCCGAUGCCUGGCCAACCUCCAAUGCCUGGCCAACCUCAGGCAUAUCAGCAGCAGCCAGGAUAUGCGCCAUUCCCAGGGCAGCAACCAAGUUAUCCUGGACAGCAGUUUCCGCAACAGCCACAGCAAAGGCGUUUAGAUCCUGAUCAAAUGCCUAGUCCAAUCCAAGUGAUGGCAGAUGAUCAACAGAACAGAGGUGGUGUGUUUGUCACCAAUGAGAAGGGUUUGGUGCCACCACUUGUCACCACUGACUUCAUUGUUGAUGACAAAGGAAACUCAAGUCCUCGGUACAUCAGAAGCUCAAUGUAUAGCGUGCCAGUAACGGCAGACUUACUCAAGCAAACCGCAAUGCCAUUCUGUCUGGUUAUAUCUCCAAUGGCAGAAACAGUGGGAGCAGAACAGGAUCCUCCGGUGAUAGACUUUGCAGCGCUGACAGGCUCCCCCACCAUGGGUCCUGUCCGGUGCAGCCGCUGCAAGGCAUACAUGUGUCCUAACAUGAAGUUCAUUGAUGCAGGAAGACAUUUCAAAUGUGCUUUCUGUAAAGCUACUACUGAAGUGCCAAUGGAGUACACGCAGUAUAUAAACAGCAUGCAACAGUACGGCAGAGUGCCAGCUGAGAUGGCACUGGGGACAUAUGAAAUUGUUGCAACUAAAGAAUAUUGUAGAAACAAUACUUUGCCGAACCCACCGGCUAUAGUGUUUGUCAUCGACGUGUCAUACAAUUCCAUCAAGAACGGCCUGCUGCAGACUGUCUGCGAUAAUAUUAUGGACUUUAUCGAGGCUAUGCCAAAAGACGAAAAUGGAAAGAGCUACACACGUGUAGGUUUCAUCACCUACAGUUCUACAGUUCACUUCUACAAUAUAAAGGGUACACUGGCGCAGCCUCAGAUGUUGUCAGUGGGCGACGUGUCUGACGUGUUCGUGCCGUUGCUGGACGGGUUCCUGUCACCGGCGGAGCAGAGCGGGCCAGUGCUGCAGCAGCUGUUGCAGCAGCUGCCCAACAUGUUCCAUGACAAUAAGGAGACGGAGACGAUACUGUUACCAGCUGUACAGGCUGGUCUAGAAGCGUUGAAAGCUGCGGAUACUUCAGGCCAGCUGCUUGUGUUCCACACUUCCCUGCCCACUUACAACGCGCCAGGGAAACUUAUCAAUAGAGAGGACAGGAAACUGCUGGGAACUGAUAAGGAGAAACAGAUACUCAUGCCGCAGACGACGGCGUACAACGAGACGGGUCAGGCGUGCAGCGCGGCGGGCGUCUGCGUGGAGCUGUUCGUGUGCAACAACGCGUACGUGGACGCCGCCACCAUCGGACAGCUGCCGCGACUCACCGGCGGACAGAUGCACAAAUAUACAUACUUUACUGCGGAGACGGACGGGGAGCGGCUGGCGUGGGACGUGCGGCGUGUGGUGUCGCGCCCCACUGCGCACGACGCGGUGAUGCGCGUGCGCACCUCCACCGGCGUGCGCGCCACUGACUUCUUCGGACACUUCUUCAUGUCCAACACCACUGACGUCGAGCUCGCUGCCAUCGAUGCUGACAAGGCUAUCGGUGUGGAGAUAAAACACGACGACAAGUUGACCGGUGAGGAGGGCGUGUACGUGCAGGCCGCGCUGCUCUACACGCGCCGCUGCGGACAACGUCGUCUGCGUGUCCUCAACCUCGCCCUCAACGUGGCGCACCAGCUCGCUGACGUAUACCGCUCGGCAGAGCUCGACACCACCAUCGCAUUCCUCAACAAACAAGCUGUGUGGGCGCUGCGUGACGCGACGCCGUCCCAGGUGCGCGAGGGUCUGUCGCAGCGGUGCGCGCGCUCGCUGGCCGCGUACCGCAGGCACUGCGCCUCGCCCUCCUCCGCCGGCCAGCUCGUGCUGCCCGAGUCCAUGAAGCUGCUGCCCCUCUACACCAGCUGCAUACUGCGCUCUGAUGCUAUAGCCGGAGGUCCCGACGUGACGUGUGACGAGCGUUCGUGUGCGAUGUACCGCGCGCUGUGUGCGGACGUGUCGCUGUCGCUGGCGUACACGUACCCGCGUCUGCUGGCGCUGCACACUGGCGCGCUGGCCCCGCCCCCGCACCACGCCCCGCCCACACCGCUGCGCGCAUCCAUAGACAAGAUCACCGAUCAUGGCAUUUAUCUAUUAGAGAACGGCGUCCACAUCCUGAUCUGGGUGGGGUCUAUGGCGGCGAGCGAGCUGGUGGCGGAGAUAUUCGGCGUGCCCUCCCCCCAGCAGGUGGACACGCAGGUGUGCGAGCUGCCCCACCUGGGCACGCCCGCCAACACCGCCGCCAGGGAACUCGUCGACCAGAUACGACUCAAGCGACGAUCUGCUAUGCGGUUAACAAUAAUGCGUCAGCACGACAAGAUGGAGACAGUGCUGAGACAUUUCCUGGUGGAGGAUCGCGGAGUGGACGGCAGCGCCUCAUACGUCGACUACCUCUGCCAGAUACACAAGGAGAUCCGCGCGUUGCUAUAGCGCUAGCUCUUACCUACUGUUAUCACUUACGUACGAAUGAUAGGCCUGGGAAAUUGAAACAUCCUGUAUCUACUAUGAUUAGACGGUUUUUUGGGGAAAAUGUUAAUGAUUUGUGUCGCAAUGUUGUCUUUUGUCAAAGAGAAUGGAUGACAAUAAGUAUUGAUAAGUGUCACUGCAGUGUACUUCUACAGGUUGAUGUUUUCUAGUGAUAACGUUAAUAAUUUACAUCAUAAUGAUAGUCUGGGAUAUUUGAACACUCUGUAUACAUUGUUGGGAAAUAACAUUAUUAAUGAUUUAACGUCGCAAUGAAAGUCUGGGUAAUUUCUAAAUGUGAACAUCCUGUAUACGUUGUUGGGAAAUAAGAUUAUUAAGGUUUUCGUCACAGUGAAAGUAUUGUAAAUUUGAACACUCUGUAUGCAUUGUUGGUGAAUUCUGAACAUUAUGAUGUUUUUGAUUGACAUCCCAAAUAAUAGUCUGAAAAAGGAGAAAUUUUAGGCUAACUUUUUAAAUCAGAAUUAACUAAAGGCGACUUCAUUUAAACUUAUCAAGUAUUUUUCUGUAAUUUUCCAGAUUUGUGUUUUAAUAUUUUAAAUAAGUGUGGUGAUAGGCCUAUCAUUCAGAGCGUGUAAACAGAUAUUAUAAUAAAAUCUGAUUUUGGUUCGAGUGUAACGUCAGUUUGAUUGUGAACUUGUAUGGAAAUAGUUCAGUAUGUACGAAAUAAAAUACAAUACAUAACAUGGAUACGAUCUGCCUUGUAUAUUUGUCAACUAUAAUUUUGUAUAAAAAAAAUGUUAAUUUUUUUAAAUAUUAAUGUAGGGUAUAUCCAUGUUUUAUUGUAAUUUAUCAUGUUGCUAAAUUAGAAUAUAGAUCAUUUAAAAAUUUGUAAUAAACAUAUAAUUUACAUAUAUAAAUAUAUAUUUGAACAUGUAUAUCUGUUUGUUUCAAUGCCUGAUUCUCUAAUGUGAUCAUUUACAAUAAGAGUUAGGGCUUUUACAAUUCAGAAUAAAAUAUCACACUGCCUAAUUUAUAAAAACGACCAAAACAAGACUGGUCAUGUAUAAGUAUAUAUAAAAAGAUUAUGUGUUGAUUAAAUAUCUACAAAUUAUGGGUUUCUGAAACUAAAAUCCCGGUUUAAAGCACAUUAUUAUCUCAACAUGUCAAAGAUAAUGACUGGGAUGACAUGUUUUAAACGGGGAUUUACAUCUCAGAAACCCAUGGUUAGUUAGACAGCAAAAUAAUCUUCUGGUUAGUAUUAAUAUGUAUAUAAAUAAAGGAAUAAAAAUGAAAUCAUAUUCUGAAUGAAAAUCUUCUCUCGUUUAAAUGACAAGCUAUUUAGAUUGUGUAAAAUUUGUUUUGAGAUUCAUUAGUUUUUUGGGUCGUAUUUUAGAUUGACUUAAAACAGUUUUGUUUAUUACAAUCAAGGCAAAACAGUGUCUUAAUAAUAUAUUAUUAUUAUAAUUGAAUUUGUAUUCCCUUUUUUAAUAUUAAUAAAUGUAAACUAUUAAAUGCUGGUAAAAUUGUUAUAUCAGGUCAAUUUUUUUUGAAUAAAUCUCAUCAUAUUUUAUUUUAAAUAAAUUUGAAAUUCAAUAAAAUAGAACAUGUCGAAUUUCUUGUAAUUUUACAAGAUAAUUAUGAUGAAACGAUUAAUUGGAAACUUGGGUAUAUCCAUAUAAUGCUUUCGAUAUUGUCAUCAGGAGAAUUGCUUAUCUUAUUAUAAUUUACAUUUAAAUAAAUAUAUUUGUAGUCAU